GUGAUCUGGUGGUCUUCAGGGAAGGAGGCGCAGAGUGGGGUUAUCAAGGUCUGAUUGAGGGUGACGAGAUAUCUUUCCUUUGGGGUUUUAAUCCCACAAAGUAUGUUCUAUCAAUGUACUUUGGCUGACUGCUUGGCUCUGGUCAUUCUUUCAGGAUUCUCUGGCGUUGGGCAUGAUGCUCAUGUGCCGCGCACAGCGGUAGGCGAUAAGGCUUGUUGACGUUUUAUUGGCCUCUCCAAAUGUGUCCUUUCGGCGUUGGCGCCAGUAAGGCUGUCCGGCUAUCGAUCUCUGUGGAAUUUCCAUUAUUUUUCAGUUCAAAAUUGGGCAGGAGUUGUCGGCGUGCUAUUUUUCCGUUUAUAGGACCGAGUCGCAUCGAAUCAAUGUCUGUCUGGCGUUUUUCUUGGAAGGCUAUUUUUCAUGGGCUAGUUUCAGCUUUUCCUACCCGCAAUUCGUUUGUUUGGGCGCUUCUGAAGAAAUUGGAGUGUUUAGAGUCUGUCAGGGCUAUGACGCAACAGCACCAUAGCUGCAGGUGGAGGCUUCUGCUGUUCACUUCACAUCUGCCCUCAAGGAAGCUCUCUGCCCUGCCAAAGUCUGUCUUUCCUCCUGGAGCUCUGUCCUGCAGUCCUCGCAGCCAAGCCCCUUAGGGCUGCAGGACUGGGGGGAACCUCCUCCUCCUGUUCCCUCCCGCCUGCAGAAGAGGCAAAGAACAUUUCAAAGGCAGAGAACGAGGAGGCUGCGAAGAAUCGCAGAGGCUUUCCACACAGACUUUGCUGCGUUGAGAAACAAAAGGUGCGUGGAACUGUGGCUCUGCUGGAUUGCGGAGGAAAAAAGACCGGGGGGCGCAUCUUCCUGUUGUGCACGCAGCGGCAGAGAAGCGGCGGGCCACACAAACAGACAAGUCUCGGAAGUUCUCUAAUUUGAGGAGGCGGGGGAGGAGGCGGGAGGGGAGGCAGGAGGCGCAGCUUGUGAAAUAAUAAUGCGGUUCUCAUUUAUCCUUCGGUAAGUCGAGUUUGUUGCCUAACUUCAGCCUAAAGGUGGGUAUCAAAGAUGGUAGGUGGUUUUGGGGAGCAUUGUACCGAGUGAGAAGAUGGACCGGCCUGUUUGGCUGGUCCUCUUUGGGCAGCAGCGGAUCAUGUUCAUAAUGAUGAGCAUGACGAUGACGGUCUUGGUGGUGGUCAUGGUGGCUAUGGUGAUGAUGUUUGUGUGGCAGCAGGGUAUGUUGAUGAUUGCGAUGGUGAGGAUGAUGAUGAUGGUUGUGAUAAUGGCAGCUCAUGAUCAUGAUGGUGAUAAUGAUGAUGGCGUAGCAUGUUGGGGUAUGUCGACGAUGAGGGUGACGAUGAUGGCUAAGAAGCAGCAGAGUAGGAUGUGUGGAUGAUGAAGGUGUUUUGAAAGCAAGCUGUAAACGGCGAUCACAACCUGGCGUCUCUAUUGGGUUAUGCAAGAGCACACACACACAGCAUAGCAGAGCUUGCGAGCACACAAUCUUGCAUCUCAGAGUGCCCAGCAGAUCGUGUUGAUUGAGGAAUUCGUCGUCAGACUGAUGCUUCGUUAUUUCCAUGGAUUACGGAGUGGAUGGAAGAAUGAAGGACUGAAGUUGAAGCGGUCGGUCAUUCCUCCUCUGAAAGAGUGUAUUGAAAGAGAUCGGAGGUGGAGAAAAUGCGCGGAAACAAUUUCUACGAGCCACUACUACUGCCUUUCCCACUUUCAAAUUUUUUUUUCCCCCCCCUCUCGGGUCAACUCUGCGGGUUCAUCUUGUGCCCUCUCACCUCAGUCGCUCGCGGCUUGUGUCUGUGCUCGGUCUGUUUGGCCUCCCAGUCGCAUUCCUUAUGAGGUUUCUCAUCAUCUCAUCCGAAUGUGUGCGUCCAGCGGGGCUGCUUGCUCCCAUCUCCCAUCUCCCUCUCCCUCUUUGUUCAACUUACCAUGCACUUGGGACUGAUCUGUCGAUCAUUCAUUUGUCUAUGUCUGAUGGAUGCCUAAGUGCCCACACUCGUCUAUGUUCAGGUGUUCUGUGUUUUUUGCGAAGUCGGGGAUCGGUGCCUUCUCCAACCACUCAUGAGGUAGGUUGUCUUCCUCAUGCUUCAACCGUUGAUUUCGGUAGCCAAGAAAAUUGGCGAUUUCGGUCAUUAGCGCUAGCCUGAACUUGACAUGCACGUAACUGUUAGUAAACAGUGCAUGAGUUC